CUCACUCAUUCACUCACUCAUUCCGUCAGACUCCGAGCCGGACGCGCGCAAAAAAAAGCCGGACACGCGCAAAGAGGUCACGCGCAAACGCGGACACGCGGAGCCGCCGCAUCGGCGCUUCUAAAAAGCCGCUCAUCCUCUCUUUAUAGACUGUCGCGGAGUUGUAAAAGAUUCUCUCCGUGGAGGAGUGUGUGUGUGUGUGUGUGUGUGUGUGUGUGUGUCCGACAGUCUGGAGGAGUAACAGAAACGAGUCGGUUUCAUAAAAGUUCCAUAAAACUUUACAACACAAGGCGAACGGAAGGAAAUAAAGUUUCAUAUCAGAUAAAAUUAGGAAAAUGAUGCGCCAGGAAGUCCAUCAGGCUCACCUCGUGCUGCUGUUGGCCGCGGCGGUGGGGUGUGUUCAGGUGCAGGACCACGCGCUGAUGUUGUCCAAUGAGAGGAGCACGAUAGAGCGAACGUACGAGCUGACCAAAUACCUGAACCACCAGCUGAAGGAAAUUAAAGACACUUACCUCUCAUAUCUCGGUCCUCCAUUCAGUGAUCCAGGCUUCUCCCCACCGAGACCCAACAUCUCCUCCCUGGCGGUUCCCAGCGCAGCCACGCGGGAGGACCUGUGGCGCGGUCUUGAGAACGGUGCUCGUCUGGCACAGAACCAGCGAGCCUACAGCGUUCUGCUGAGUGCUGUCCGUGAGCUGGCGCGCUCCACGCUGUGUCCGUACCUCCAAAGCUCGCUCUUCCACUUCUGCUCCGGCCUCAGUGGACUCCUGGGCUCCAUCUCAGGGCUGAUGAAUGCCCUGGGCUACACCCCGCCUCUUCACGGCAACGCUCCACCUUCUCAGAAAUACACACCGCUUUUGUCUUCUCAGUAUCAACGGGCAAACGUGAACGGUCCUGCCCCUUUGAGGAACCACGCGUCUCGGGCUCAGAGCGGCCUGGGAGGAAUGAGGGACGGAACAGCUGGAUAUGAAACGGAGAGGAAGCGGGAUCGGGAAAGGGAGAGGCCUGAGCGAGGGAGGAGAGGGAGGCGGAGAGAAGGGGAGAGCUGGGUGGAGAGAGAGGAGGAGGAGCGGGAGGAAGGUAUGGAGAGGUGGAGGAGGAGGAGAAGACUGCUGACUGUCGAAGAUGAGGACGAAGGUAAACAAACAAGCCACAGCUAUGAGCCAAACAGCAACAACAAUAACAACAUGAACAGCAACCACACAAGUUCCAAGCACUAUUUCAGCAAAUAUGGCAGCGGCAGAGACUUUAACAUCAACAGCACAAGCAGCGAUGCCCGGCUUCCCACGGAAACGGAGAGAGAAGCGGGUAUAAGCAGAGAGGAAGAGGCGGACGAGUUCCAAGCGGACGUUCCUGUCCUCUUUUCCUCUCCGUCCCUCCAUUCCGGGCGCUCCGGGCGCCCCAUAUCCUCUCCCCACCCACCGCUCUCUCCCCUCUCCCUCCUUUACGCAUACGAAGACGGGGUCACUGAGGUCGACUCGCACUUGAGCAUGGCCGCUCCCUCGCCACGCCCUGCCCUCAACGACUUCACACGGAAAGUGGAGGGAUUCUGGGUACUCAGAGAGCUGCAGAGUUGGCUGUUUAGAUCAGCCAAAGACUUCACCAGACUGAAGAAGCGACUCCGUGUCUAAUUGUCUGACUCUGUGUGUGUGUGUGUGUGUGUGUGUCAGUGUAUGUCUAUGUCUGGGUGUGUGUGUGUGUGUGAGAUAGAGAAUGAAUGAAACUUCUUGGAGAAAGGAACUCAAAAGGACCUUGCACUUGUGUGGGAAAAAGAGAACUCAUCCUGAUCAAAUAAUAGGAGACACAAGGAGAGACACAAGCGGCUUUUCAGAGCGAGAGGCGAGUCAGCAGCUUGAGGAACGUGAAUCACGUCUCCGUCUUUUUGACACGGAUGAAAGGGAGACGUGAGGCGGAAAUCAAGGGGGCAGAAAUUGUCUGCUGUCUGAUGAACUGACUCAGCACACUGUGACUCGCGAUUACUGGGCGCUUUUACGCUCACACACACUGUCAGACUUCUCAUAAAGGGCUGUGUCAGACGUCUCUGUAACCACUACAGUAUGUGAUCUUCCACUUACUGCCAUAUCGCCCCAGACCCCCCCCCCCAAACUGCAAGUGUCUGAACCUUUGACACCGCGUCACAAUACAUGCAUUUUUCUUAUUUUAUUCAUUGACCACUGCUCAGGAUUGGUACGAGUUCACAUUUCAUUACUACUAACAACCCACACAGCAUGAAAAUAAAACAACACAGAGUAUAUGAUGACUUGGGAACAUAUUCAUAACAUGUUAUGAUGCAUACAUAAAUCAUUAUAAUCAUUGUUAUAUAUAUAAAAGCCAUUACAGUUCAUCACCACAGCAAUAAUGCAUUUAUUAGAAUGCAAAGACUUUUUCUUAAUCUGAUUUUAUGUAAUCACAAUAAAUAAUCAUCCACAUUGUCAAUAUAUCAUUUCACAACAUAUAUAUAUAUAUAAAUAUAUAUAUAUAUAUAUAUAUAUAUAGAUAUAUAUAGAUAUAGAUAUAGAUAUACAUUGGCUUUCCUCAAUUAAACUUACAGCAAUGCCUUAUAAAUGCAUUAUAACAUGAUAUGAAUGUGUUUCAUCAUCAAAGUUCAUGGAUAUAUAAAUACGAUCUUGAAAGAAAGUUUGUUACUAAACAAUACCGUUGCUUGUUACUGGUCGUGAUAGAUUUUUAUUUCGGUGGCUUUAGUGGUUCACACCUCCAGGGUCCUGGGUUCGAGUCUCGCUCCCGCUCACUGUGUGUGUGCGGAGUUUGCAUGUUCUCCCCGUGCUUCCUCCAGGUGCUCCGGUUUCCUCCUACAGUCCAAAGACAUGCCUCUAGGCUUAUUGGAGUCUGUAAAUUGCCCAUAAUGAGUGUAUGUGCCCCACGAUGGGUCGGCACUCCGUCCAGGGUGUACCUUGAUGGGUGUACGAUGACGCCUGAAAUAGGCACAGGCUCCCCAUGACCCGAUGACAGAUCAGAUAAGCGGUACAGACAAUGGAAUGAAAUGAAAAAGAUUAUGUUCAUGUUGAAAUGCACCUUAAAGUAUUUUUUUUUCGAACGUAUAUAAUCACACCUCACAGAUCCCGUGCGAAAUCACGAGUGCUUCCCACCCCCCACCCUGUAAAAGAGCUUUUACGACGUAAAAGCAAAUCUUUGUGUCUUUAUUACUAGUUCAAGUCGCAUAAUAGAACCGUAAAGGUUGCAGGUGUAAACGAAUAUUUUUUUUUUCUUUUUUAAAACAUACCACAUAUUCACUUAUUCACCAGAUGGAGGAGGAGGCAUGAUAAAGGUAAAGAAGACAUGCAGUGACAAGCAACCAUACAGUUUAGUAGCAUUUUUCUUUCUCAGAGUGUUGUUGCUGAUGGGAGCCUCAAUAGCAACAUUGUGCUGUUUUAUUUCUCAACCUUUUAUUUCUCUCUCCCCCGUGAAAACGUGUCAGCACAGUGCAGUAACAGUUUUAAACACAAAUGAACAGAAACGCUUUCGUUUUCACAUCGGAUCAGAGGUGCCAGCUUGGUGAUGAUGGGUUUCAGUGGAGCGAUGAGAUCCUUCAAUUAUUUUAUUUUUAUUAUUAUUAUUUUUUGGUCAGAUGAAUUUACGGAUUAAUUUAUGACGAAAAUAAAAUCUAAAUGUUUGAUCAGAUAAAGGAAAAAAUGAAUAUUAAUCCAAACUCUCCUUCCAUGUUGAACUUAAGGCUUUCUUUCUUUCUUUCUUUCUUUUGUUCGUUCUUUCUUUCUUUCUUUUCUUUUUUUUUACCUCAUUCACUUUUACUGUCAUCACUGUGACUUCACCUUCUCUCCAAUUCUGUAAAAAGAAAUAGCUUGAUUGUUGAUCAUGUCCUUAUUUUCAGGAUGUGUAGAGGAAAAAUGUUCACUGUUGGUGUUUAUAAGUGUGUGUGUGUGUGUGUGUGUUAAAAGAAAGCACAUUCACAGAUAGACCAGGAAACCUUUUUCACAUGCAAAGUGACUUUGCUUUAUAUUUGUAUAUUUCGAUAAUAUUUUUUGAAAAAAAACAAAACAAAAAUAUUCUGUAAUAUUUAUUAAAGGGUUUAUUUAUUAUUCUUUGGUAUUAUUUGAUUAAAUGAAAUCAAGUGUCUUGACUCAAUCCUUGGUUUGAAGUGCAUUCGCUCUGGCUGCCCUGUUUUGUGUGAACGAGGUCUCAUGGCUCGAGGGGAAGCAGGCUGACUCGGAGGAUACAGAGUUUUAUUAGUCUGUCUAAAUGAAAUUUAUGGCCGGUCUUUCAUCUAACACCACAGCCUCUCAUCUACGUCUCAUCUCUUCCUCUCAAUCUGUCUCUCUCACGCCUCUCCUUUUUCCCCCCUCACACUCACCUAGUGUCUCGCUCUCACACUCGCACACACGCAAUAAACACCAGGUACGCAUGAACGGUUAACGUCACGAAUGCGAUAUACAUUCAUGCGUUCAUGUAAACACUGCGGCCCCACACACACACACACACACACACACACACACACA